AUGCUAAUUGCCUCCAAGUACGAAGAAAUUUGGGCCCCUGAGGUCAAUGAGUUGGUGAGCAUUUCAGACACUUACACUGACAAACAAAUCUUGGUCAUGGAGAAACAAAUAUUGGGGAAGUUAGAGUGGAGUUUAACUGUGCCGACCCCAUACGUUUUUCUCGUGCGUUUUAUAAUGGCUUUUCUAACAGACUCAAACGUGGAAAACAUGGUGUAUUUUCUAGCCGAGCUUGGGAUGAUGAAUUACACGACCCUUACAUACUGCCCCUCGAUGAUAGUUGCCACGGCUGUAUAUGCUGCCAGAUGUACACUGAACAAGGCUCCCUUUUGGAACAAGACGCUUAAACUGCACACGGGCUUUUCCGAAAAACAGCUUAUGGAUUGUGCGAAGCUACUCGUUUCAUUCCAUGCGGCUGCGGGAGAUCAUAAGCUGAUAGGGAUUUGCAAGAAGUACUCGAGUUAUGAUAGAGGCUCGGUUGCGCUCUUGCCGCCAGCUCAAUGGUGCUUGGUUUUUGAAUGUGACAUCCUGAAUCGGCAAAUGUUUCUCCGUGAGGUAGAUUAUUGA